CAUGAACACAGCACGAGAUCUCAUCCACUGUCAUGGCGUCUCCCUUGAAGGGGGAUAGGUACUGGAGAAAGUAGCCGCUGUCAUUUAUCAAUUAUCUCCUGUGAAAAGAGCAGUUAUCCCCGACUGAAGAGGCUUAUAGGAGCGGAUAGUGACCAUGGGGACUGUCCAUGCUAAGAGUCUGGAUCCUCUCCCGAUGCAUGGCCGGGACUUGGGCCUCCACCCUGAUGACUUGGUGGAGCCUCCAGAACCGGAGCAGGAGUCCAAGCAGGAGGUCCUGGAAAACAAAGAUGUGAUCGUCCAACAUGUUAACAUCCAGGGUCUUGGAAGAACUAAAGAGGAUCUGCUCGGCUAUGAGAUCUCUGAGGUUUUCCACGCAAAAAACCUAAUUGAUGUGAUGAAAAAAUCUCACAUCGCCAGACAGAGGCUGCUCCGCCUGGGAAUCUUCAAAGAGGUGGAGGUUCUUAUCGAUACGUCUGACGGUUCAGAUGCUUUGCCCAACGGCCUGGAUGUAACUUUUGAAGUAACGGAGAUAAAGAGGCUGACGGGAAGCUACAACACCAUGGUUGGCAACAAUGAAGGAAGCAUGGUGCUGGGUCUGAAGUUGCCCAACAUGUUCGGUCGAGCUGAGAAACUCACCUUCCAGUUCUCCUACGGGACCAAGGAGACGUCCUAUGGCCUGUCCUUCUUCAAGCCCCAGCCCGGAAACUUUGAGCGCAACCUCACCCUCAACAUGUACAAAGUCACCGGUCAGUUCCCAUGGAGCUCCUUAAAAGAGACAGACAGAGGCGCGUCUGCAGAAUUUAAUUUUCCUCUCGGGAUGACCAACCACACGUUGAAGUGGGAGGGUGUAUGGAGGGAGCUGGGCUGCCUGGCACGCAGUGCGUCCUUCGCCGUGCGAGAGGAGAGUGGACAUUCGCUGAAAUCUGCCCUCUCGCACACUGUGUCUGUCGAUUCAAGGAAUUCUGCCAUAUUCCCCAGCAGAGGUGCCUUACUCCGGAUCAACCAGGAACUGGCUGGGUACACAGGUGGAGACGCCAGCUUCUUGAAAGAGGAUUUUGAGCUGCAGCUCAACCGACGGCUCUUCUGGGACUCAGUAUUGUCUGCUUCUCUGUGGGGAGGGAUGCUUUGUCCCAUCGGGCGACAGCCGUCCUGCAUCGCUGACAGGUUCUACCUUGGAGGUCCCACCAGCGUGCGAGGGUUUGGGAUGUACAGCAUCGGGCCCCAGAGUGAAGGUGACUAUUUGGGUGGAGAGGCGUACUGGGCAGGUGGUCUGCACCUCUACACUCCACUGCCCUUCAGACCAGGCAAGGGCGGCUUCGGAGACCUUUUCAGAACGCACUUCUUCCUCAACGCAGGCAACCUCUGCAACCUCAACUAUGGUGAUGGUCCCCGGGCACACCUUCAGAAGCUAGCCGAGUGUAUUCGCUGGUCGUACGGAGCGGGCAUCGUGUUGCGGCUCGGGAACAUCGCCAGACUGGAGCUCAACUACUGUGUGCCAAUGGGAGUUCAGAGUGGAGACAGGAUCUGCGAUGGUGUCCAGUUUGGAGCAGGAAUUCGCUUCCUGUGACCUCAUCACUCCACUGCCCUCAUUACUCCAGCAGAGGCUGUGAUGUGAAAAGGGAGAACGUCUUGUUGUUUUUUUCACCUGUAACUUGUUGUAGAGAGUGUAACACUAGCAUGGGUCCUAUGUCCUGGGGAAUCGUGCCUGACCCUUAAAACCCUCCUCUGACAUGCACCAAUCAAGGCUUUCAAACAACAAAGUGCCAGUGCCAUAAAACUAGUGAAACUUUUUACAGUACAAACGGACCGGAGUCAAAAGUAACCAGAUAUGAGAUUUAUUUUGCAGCAACCACAUAAGACAAUAAGUAUGGCAAAAAAUACACUCAUGGUAAAUCUUUAACAAAUUCCAACAGCAUGUCAGCACCUUUUCUCUUCAAUAGACUGUUGAAUUAAGGUUUUGUUUUGAAUUUCCUUGGUUUGAAUUCUCCAGCACUGGCACCUUGUCUGUGGAAAAGUCAUCUACCAGUGAUUUCACCCACUGUGUUUCAUGUGGUGACACAAAGUAAAUUAUUUUUUCCAGAAUGUUAAAGAGAUUUUGGGCAUGUUCCCUUGUUUGCCUUCCAGAGCUGCUUCUUAUCCAGCAGCACGACUUUAUAAUGAUUUUGUUUUUGACAGUUAACUGUACUCCACACACUCUUCUGACCUGACGAGUUUGGUCGAGAUGCACUGUGAGACCGAACGAUCGCAGGGAUGGAAUGAACGGGGAGAAACUGUCACUUUUGAAUCAAAGUGGCAGCGUUGGAAGGGGAUCAACCGUCACGCCAGAGCAGUUUGUUCACACAGUGUUGUCUGGAAUGAAAGAACGGCGGGUUGAUCUCUCGAGGUGUAAACCCCCCCCCCUGAGCAACGUCCACCACCAGUGCUCUUACCGUUAGUCCUCUUUUUGAUGUUGUUGAAGCUCUUCACAAAUAAAUCACAGCUGCUCCUCUGG